AUGGACCUUUUUGUGGGAUGCCCCAAACUCUCAAUCUUUUUGUGGUUGAUCUGCAGCUAUGUUAGCUAUUUAGGAGCUGAUAGCCUGUUUCCUGAGUCUGAAAUUUGGACACAAUUCCUGGAUGAAAGUACUGAAGGACUUUGCUUGGAUGGGCUUUUGGAAUCACAUCCUAUUGAGGUAUGUGAUCCGGGUUACUCUUCAAUUUCUCGUGUCACCAAUUUUGCACAGGGUGCUUUUGUAAUUCAAAUGUUACAGGGCUAUCUGGGUGCUGAACGUUUUCAUGUUAACAUUUUCCCAGUUCUUUUAAAUACAAUAUGA